GCUGGUGAUGGAGAUGGAGACGACGUCUGUAAGUAGUCAGCCGGUGUGGCUGAGGUCUCCAAGUUUUCCAAGCAAUUGGUACGAGAAUCAACCCCUGGAUGGGGAGAGACUUUCCUUCAGCUCUCAAGACAAGUCAUUGUCCAUGCCAAUCCCCAGCUUCCCACCUCCAGGGAUUACCCAAGACUGUUUUUCGAGGUACCCACCAAUAUGGCUGUGUGUACCACCACCACCUGUAAUAAAGCCAUGUUACAUACAAAAUGAUCUUAGCGAGUUAGCAGGACAGCUUCCAGGCAAUCAUUCAUCGGUGUUUUCCGACAAGCAAGAAGCAAAUACAGGCACUGUAUCGGGACUGGAACAAAACACGGAAGAUCAAAGAAUACCAGUGUUUACAGACACAACGCACACACAAACCUCUCGAUGGUACCAGAUGAAGUCAAAUAACUGCCAGUUUCGUUAUAGUAAGGACAGGGUCUAUGACUCCUCUGCUGUACAUGACGUGGUAGAGGACUUCAAAGUGAAGCCGGUAGUUGUAACCGAGGCGGCGACCAACACAAGAAACACUUUUAUUAACUCGUUUUCACAGAUGGGUCAGACCUCCAUGAUCAACCCUACAUUCUCAACCUCAAAUCCACCCUUGGACUCUGUAAUCCAGACUCGAUAUUUGACGUCGGUUCCGGAAGAAAAGAUUUUGCGUGAGAGGUCUGCCUCACGCAAUCUACAGUCUUCAACUGCUAAGUUUGCAACGACAAUGGAUGGAAAACCAUCCACGACUCAGUAUCGGGCACUGCCGACUCAGUAUCGGGCGCCGCCGACUCAGUAUCGGGCACCGCCGACUCAGUAUCAGGCACCGCCGACCCAAUAUCUGGCACCGUCGACCCAGUAUCAUGCACCGCCGGCCCAGCAUCCGGCACCGCCAACCCAGUAUCCAACACCGACGACCCGGUACCCACCACAGAUGACUCAGCAUCUGGCAUUGACGACCCAGUACCCACCGCCAGCGACCCAGUACCCGCUGAUCCAAUAUCCACCACCCAUGGCUCAGAAACCCAGUACCUUGGCACAAUACUUAAGCCCAUGGGCACAGCAUAUAAUUAACAUGCUCACGGCUCAAGACUCGGAAUCUAUUGCUGAGCUGACAGACCUUGUGACCCAGGGUAUGUCGCUCAUGGCUCAGGGUAUGGCGCUUGUACCCCUGUCAGUGGAGGAGCCCAGGUCUCCUACACCCAAGCGCAAGGCGCCCAUUGAUGAACAUGCAGUAGUGCCGACUAUCAAACGCACUCCACCCACUACCAGGCACUCAGUGCCCAUAACCAAGAAUACGGCACCCACAAACACUGUGCCCACGACCAAGGAUAUGGCAGCCACGACCAAGAAUAUGGCGCCUACGACCAAGGAUAUGGAGCCCACGACCAAGAAUAUGGCGCCCACGACCAAGAGUAUGGCGCCCACGACCAAGAGUAUGGCGCCCAAAACCCAGAGUAUGGUGCCCACGACCCAGAAUAGGGCGCCCACGACCCAGAAUAGGGCGCCCACGACCCAGAAUAGGGCGCCCACGACCAAGAAUAGGGCGCCCACGACCAAGAAUAGGGCGCCCACGACCAAGAAUAGGGCGCCCACGACCAAGAAUAUGGUGCCCACGAUCAAAAAUAUGGCGCCCACGACCCAGAAUUGGGCGCCCACGACCCAGAAUAUGGCACCCACUACCCAGACUACAGUGCCCACGACCCAGAAUAUGGCGCCCACGACCCAGAAUAUGGUGCCCACGACCCAGAAUAUGGCGCCCACAACCCAGAAUAUGGCGCCCACGACCCAGAAUAUGGCGCCCACGACCCAGAAUAGGGUGCCCACAACCAAGAAUAUGGCGCUUAAGACUGAAAAACCCACUGGCACUGUCACGGUUCCUUCAUCUGGGUCCAAGCCAUCCAUGGUUGAUGCGGCAUUCACAAAACAGCCCACGGAGGCCGAGAGCCAACCCACGGCAAAGCGUGUUACCCAGUCAGAGGAAUCGAUGGGCCACAGUACACAGGUAACCUACGACAUGCCCGUAGUCAGAGACACGCCCAUGGUCGCCCUCACGUCCGUGGGCCAAGGAACGCCUGUGAAUCAAGGCACACCCAUGGCCGUCCUCAUUCCCACGGAUAAAAAUAUGCCUUCGCGCCUCCCCACGCCAGUGGGCCGAGAAAUUUCCCCGCUCUCCACGCCCGUGGACCCAGGAACAUGUAUCCUCCCCACACCCAUGGAUCAAAAUAAGCCCUCGCUCCUACCCACGCCUGUGGACCAUAGCAGUGGCGUUAUCCACUCCUUAACAAAGAAUCAACACGUACCAGUAAACAGAGCAACAGCAAUAAGACAAGCAGGUGUUGAUAAAGCCAAGAGCGUGGGUCUCCACAACUUACCAGCACACCUCAAGUCUCCUCGAACUCAUAGGAGAGAGAUGGAGGUCGUGUCCCCCAUGACGAGAGAUCAGGUAAAACAGGAAGUUCUAUCACCUCCUGGAAAGACAGCUGUGAGCGCUGCAUCUCGGGUUGAGUCAGUAGAAGAGUUAACUGAAACCUCAGAUAGUAAACAGUGUGUUGAUAUUCUUGCUAAUGGAAUGAUUAAGCAAGAACAGGUGAAUCAUUUAGAGAUGUGCUCAAUGUUCAUUGAGGCAGCUGGCAACGAGGGGUCGAAGUGUGUGUGUGUUCCUGCCUUCAGUUAUCUCGCUGGUGGAUUGGGCAAAUCGAACAUGAAGUCGGAGAACUGGGAAGAGAACGAAGAGGAUGUUGUCAAAAGCGAGGAAUUUGAGGGGGAAGAGUUGCCGUUUAUUAUGACUACAAAAUGUGAAGACAUGACUGGUUUUAAGACUGACCACCUGGAGGACAAAGAUGCAAUUGACGGUUUGGAUGACAUUAUUAAAACUGAAGAACACUUCGCUGAAGAAGACACGGUUGUGAAUUCGUAUGAUUCAACUUGGAGCUCAUUCUGUCGGCCCAAGGUAGAGAGGGUUCAUCCGCCUGUGGCAAGACACGAUUGUGAGGAUAAGAUGACAGUUGAGGACUGCAGAGGCGGUGAUAGUUUCCUCCUGGACAAGGAACUCCUGGACGCCUCGAUGGACACAGUGGUUUCUGUAUGUCGCGUUUCCCUGACAGCAACUGACAGCUGUGUCAGAGCUGAGGAAAGACCUGGGAACAGCCAAACCUUCAACAGCACCCAUCAGGAAACUAAUGAAACACCGACUCGUAGCGAUAAUGUCUUUCAACCAACUAAACAUUAUGCGAGUGAGUCUAUUGAAAAUCAAAAUUUUGAAGAAACUUUCAGUGAUUUUAAUACUGAAUUAAGUAUCUUUGAACACCCGUGGGAUAACUAUUCAAAACACGGACGUUACGGGAACCAGAGGCGGACAUUAAUGUAAAUAAAAUAGAUAAUGACAUCGAAUAUAUAUCUGAAUCUAAAUCAGGUGAGUUUGUAUUUCACGAAAGCAGCAGAAAUUCUAAAAUGCCUGGGACUGGAGACCAAAAUUCAGUUUCACUACCGAGAUAUAAUCUACCCAGAAGGAAUUUUAAAAGGCGAAAACUUACUCAAAAUCACAAUAUGACUGAGAAGACUACUAUAGGACACACAGCUUUCUCUGAGAGAGUGGAUGCAGUGGAAGCCUCCAGCCAGCUGUCCAGGGAAGAGUUAGCGAGGACACUGAAGACUUGUUCGUAUGUACUGCAAGACGAAGUGUCAGACACAUGUCCCCUGGGUCACUACCUCGACCCAACCCUCGCCACCUUCAACAUCCACAAUUACAAAGUCACAGCUUCCUGCACUGUCUGUGAAAUCACUGUAUACAUGGGCACCUAACACACUCACACACUACUCUGCAAUUUCCUAAAAAGCAAAAUAUUGCUCCAAGCUUUCAAUAUUUAAAUAGAUGUCAACACAAAAAAACAAAAAAAAAAACUAUUUACAUCAGCCAAUGACAAUUGCCAUCCUUCAGAGACAUUCUUCGAAGAAGACCUGAUGCAAGUGUAUAAGUUGUAACAUGUAGAAACAGAUUGUUAUUAUUACAGUUUAUGGCUGUUAUGACCUUCGUAGGUUCAGCGCAUAUUUAAUUAUUACAGUUUGUGAUUCUUAGCAAGGUUGUAAACGCCACCGCCGCUGCUGCUGAUGCUGCUGCAUCGGUACUUUCAAUUUUAUCUGUAGAGGCAUUAAAAGAAUACAUAUUAAUAAAUCUCCUUUCAUAGUGAAAUGCAUUUUCUGAAUAAUUUUG